UAAGGGCCGGCCUUCCAGGCUGAUUUCCUGGCUGGGAUCAAGGAGCAGCAGGCAUGGGGCAGGCUGGAUGCCAGUUCCAAACGCUGCUUUGGAAGAAUUGGCUAUGCAGGCUGCGCCACCCGGUCCUCUCCCUUGCUGAGUUCUUCUGGCCAUGUAUCCUGUUCAUGAUUCUGAUUGUACUUCGGUUUCAAGAACCUCCUAGACACAGAGACACUUGUUACUUGCAGCCACGGGAUUUGCCCAACCAGGGCGUUCUGUCCUUUGUCCAAGGACUCCUUUGUAACACCGGAUCAAGUUGCAGGAACUUCAGCUUUGAAGAUUCCAUGGAUCACCAGUCUCGUCUGUCUAGGUUCCAAACUACAGCUCAUGACAUGAAGAUCAAUAGCUUGGCUUUUUUAAGAGAGAUACAGGAUCUGGCAGAGGACAUUUAUGAAACAAUGGGCAAGGCAAAAACCUUACAGAAGUUUUGGGAGCAAAGAUCAGAGACACUAGAUUCUUCCCAAGGUACCAGUUUUUUGACAAUGGAUCUCAAUAAAACUGAAGAGGUGAUAUCAAAAUUGGAAAUUCUCUACCAGAAACCUCAUAUCUGGAACUUCCUAUUAUCUCUGCCCAAAUUACAUGUAACCCAUGUCCACGUGGAAGAUGGCAUUGGAGCAGCGAUACACUUUCUUCAGGCAGUUUCCAAUUCCUUAACAUCUCUGGGAGAUUUAGAUUGGCUACGACUCCACCAGACUUUCUCCCAGGUUUCCAAAAUUGUGCUCAACGUGACCAUCUCAACACUGACAUUUCUGAAGCAAAAUGGAGCAGUAGUGAAUGAGUCAGUUUACCACCUCUCCCUGAAGAAUAUAGUCUGGAACCCAGAGAAAGUCCAGUCUGAUCUCAAAUCCCAAUUUGGUUUUGAUGAUCUUCAAAUGGAACACAUCCUGAAUUAUUCGGCUGAGCUAAGGGAGAUUCCAACAGAUGGUUUCUUAGAGAGAAUGGUGUGUUCAGCUUUGUUCAGCACUUCUGAGGAUGAAGCGGAGACCAAGGGUUAUGGUGGAGACUGUCAGCUUAAGUGGUCAGAAACUAAAAACUAUCUCAUCCAUGCAGUCAGCUGGCUGCAAGUUUACAGAGAGGUGUUUGACCAGUGGCUACAGGGUGGCUUGUUGCAGAAAAUGUUCACAGGUGUCAGACACAGUCUGGAGGACCUCAUGGACCUGUUUGAAGAAGAGAGUGAGCCACAGAAGGUGAUGAGAGCCUUGCAUGCUGCACUGCUCCUCCUGAGUGACAGCUUGGCAGCUGAUGGCCCUGAAGACAAGCAUCCAUCUCCAUACAUAUUCCAACAUCUGCAGAAAUUUCAGACUGUGUUGCACAACCUCCCCUGGUGGCCAGGCAUACAGAGACUGCAGCAGCUGGAUGACGCUGUCAGAAAUGCCAUGACCCAGGAUUUCCAUUUUGUCAAAGAAAUCCUUACUUCCCUGGAGACUUCAGCAAACGAUUCCGUACAGGGUGGACCAGACAGAUGGCAACUCAAAAAGGACGAGUUCUUUGGGGAAUUAAAGCAGCUGUUGACAAAGAAUGCUACUGCUACCUGCCUCAAUGGGCACCCCUCCAAAGAAGCUCUCCUGAUCUCUGGGAACUUCAGCAUCUUGGGGGACCUCUGGGAACUGUGGUGCCACCAUUCUGAAAACAAGACCAGUGUUUUAAACAAGUUGCUUGCUGCAGUAGAGGAUGCUGAUCAUAUUCUGCAAGAGGUCAUUAAUGGGCAUACAAAUACUUCAGCCCUAUUAUCUGAAGGGCAUCUGGGCUGGACAGAACUUGAGAUGCAGCUGUCAGAAGUGAGCCUUUCCUGUUCUCGGCUCUUCCAGUUGCCAAAAGCUGAUGCCUCAAGUGUGGAUGGCGUCUGUUCUGGUGGCUGUGAGCACCAACUUGUCUCCACAGUGAUAUUUCACAUACUUGAACAAGCACAAACAUAUCUGGAACAAAUACCCUACUGGAAAACCUUCCUGCGUUUCAUCAGGAUUACUUGUGAAGCAAUUCGAUAUGUGAACAUGCAAGGAAGUUUCCAGAACAAUCCAAUGGUGUUCUCUGAGGACUCUCCUUGUUAUAAAGAAAACAUGGAUUGGAAACUUGUCAGUGAUAAUUAUUUUAUAUUUUUCAAUAAUUUAAUGAAGUCUCCAAUAACUUCUGUCUCCAGGGUCCUAAAUUUCACAAAGCAGCUUCUGGUAGCAGAAGAGACAUUGCAUGCACAGGAAGAUGAACAGAAGAAAUUUUUUUCAUUAUUUGUAGAAUUUUUGGAAGAGUUAUUGUUGCCUGUUCCUUUCAAUUCAUCUAUUGUUUCUGAGCUCUUGUCACUCACUGAGGAUGUUCAGAAUGAAAAUGUGCUGUGGAUAAAUCAUGUAACAAAUGUAGACAGAAACCCAUACACUGUUGAUACUCAGAAACUUCUGGAAUUUAGUGAACAGGUGAUCAACAAAAUGCAAACUCUUGAAAACCACUGGAUGAGGACAGAAUCCAAAAAUAUUCUGAGAUUUGUGGAAUUAGUACUUUUUGAAAUUAACCCCAAACUGCUAGAAUUAUGGCUCUAUGGUAUUCCCAGAGGUGAAAGAGUUAAAUUAGAAGCACUCUCUACCCUCUUAGGAUUUUCAGUUCCAGAAAAUAAGAAGAUUCUUAGUACAAGUUUUAACUUGUCCUGGUUGUUCCAUUCUGAUUUGCCUAGACCACCAACCCUGAACAUGGAUUUUGUACAUUUAUGUGAAACUGUAAUAAAUGGCCUCUAUGAAUUUGGAUUCCUGAGCCAGGAAAAAGUUUUUAAAGCUCUGGAUACAGUCUAUGUGCUAAAGAAUGCAACUGAUCUCUUCUUAGCCCUUUCUGAACCCCAAAAGCAGGAAGUUGAAAAAGUUUUGACUCAUCUCUAUCUAAAUGUCUUUAACAACAAAGAUUCAAGUUUACUUCUUCAGGUUUAUUCUUCAUUUUACCAACUUAUUUAUCAAUUCUUGAGCAUUCAGAGUAGAGAGUCUUUGAUAACUUAUCUCUCCAAAAUUUCUAGACAUAUUUUGGACAUUAUUAAACAGUUUAAUUUCCAAAACAUCAGCAAUGCAUUUGCAUUUUUGUCAGAGGCAGCAGAGUUUCUUGGGAGGAUUUCUGAAGUAUCUUACUGUCAACAGAUAAUUUCAAUUUUUAACUUUUUGGAGCUUAAAACCCAAUCUCUGAGGUCUAGCAAUGACAAAGAAUUGGAAGUGAUCCAUAAUACUUUGAUAGGUCUCAAACAGCUGCUAGUAGUAGAUGAAGAUUUUCGCAUUUCUUUGUUCCAAUAUAUGAGCCAACUCUUCAAUGGUUCAGAACAAGCCUUGCUGAAUAACGAAUGCUUUAUUAUUUUGGAUAACCUUUCUUCUGUGAAUUAUUCAACAAAUGAGGGAGAUUUCUUCACUCUUCCCUGGGAAAGAAUAUUUUCCAACCUUUCAGCAAACAUCAGUAUGUUUAAUGAGUUUAUGGCUGUUCACUGUACUCUAUCAUGGCUUCAAAUGUGGACUGAGAUAUGGGCAAGCAUCUCUCAAAUAUUUAAAUUUGAACUGCAUAUUUUCCCUCCUCUUCAUGUUGGUCUCACUCAGCUUUUGGAUGAAUUAGAAAAUGAUGUGAACAUUUCUAAAAGCUGCCAGGGAGUGUUUCCAACCCAUCAUGCUGCUAGACUCAUAUUAAAUUUGUUUAAAAACUUAACGCAAGCUGAUUACUUCCAUGAUUGGAAUUCUCUCCUGUACCUCAGGAAUCUGUGGGUAGCAAUAGAUGAUGAGUUAGUUACAGUAAAAUCACUUAAUUUGGACCAAGUACAGAAAUCAUUUUUUGCCAUGAAAACUGCCCUACACCAGCUAACGUCAGUGCCACUGAAAACAAAUGUAAGCAGAGAGUUUUUAUAUUCUCUGCUUGAAGUUUUCACCAAGUUAAGCAACCCCACAAAGUAUAUGGGUAAAAAUGUAGCUUUGAUAAAUGACUAUCUUUUAAAAAAUCUCACAGAUUAUGGAGCCAGAUUUGAAAGUAUUAUUACCGAGCUAAGAGAAACAACAUUAUUUUUUAGAAAUGUAUCACAUGAUCAAGAUUUAUUGUCUUGUGCUGAUCUUUUCCAAAAAGUUAUUGUAUUGAUUUUAGAAGAUGGCUUAUCAGAUGUAGAUAAUUUCCAGAAGGCUAUUAAGAUUCUGGCUGUGUUAAAUUCCACAUUUUCCUCUGAAAACACCAUUAGUGCGCUAAAAGGCUGCAUUACAUGGAUAGAAGUCAUAGACCAUAUAUACGUCAUGUCUAACUCAAGUUUCUUCCGAGGGUCUCUUCACAGUACUUUGAGGAAUUUAAAGGAUAUUGAAAACAAAAUGAACUCUAUAUUAAAAAUUCUAACUUGGGUAUUCAAUAUAAAAGAAAGUCUUUGUUCUUUAAAUGAGUCUAAUAUAAAUUGUAUAAAUAUUUACUUGAAAGACCUGGCUGACUUUCUAAAUAUUAUAAUUAGUAUGGUCUUGGAAAAAGAGGAAGUACCAGAAUUUGAGAUUUUAUUAGCUCUUUUAAAUGAUUCUACAAACCAAGUAAAGAUGAUUAUCCACAACUUAACAAGGGAGUUUGAUUUCCUCUCCCAAGCCAAUUGGAAACAUUUUAAUGAAUUACUUCUAAGACCUAUAGAUACAUUAGAUGGAAUUCCCAGUCAGUUUAAAAACAUAUGGCUGCAUAUAACAACUCUGGGGAAGGAAAUACAGAAAUAUUUACAAGAUAUUUCUCCUGCUAUCCUGGAAAGAAAUUCCUUUCCUAGUAUGAAAAAACUUUUUGGAAUAUUCUCCACCUAUCCAAAGGAAAAGGAUAUAAUCAGUUUAGGCAAUUCCAUUUAUCAUUUAGCUAAUUAUUUUGCCUUCAACCUAUCACAUGAUCUUCAAAAUUCAUCAGAAAAUAUUCCACAUGAAUUAAUGAAAUCUGUGGGUCUUGGUAUUCAAUUGAUGAGGGAUGUGUUCACCUCCUUGAUGCCUGCCAUCCACUCCAAUAUUCCACAAAAUAUGGCCCAUAUUCAAGUUUUAAAUAAAAUAACUUCCUUUCUUCCUUCCUUCCUCAAGAAGGCUGACAUAGAGCUGUUAUUUGACCAGCUUGAACAAAUCAGUGAAGGCCUAGUAGAUUUCUUUAAGAAUCUCAGUAGAUUAGAUCCUGACAACUCAGGAGUCAACUUACUUAUUGGCUUGGUAGAAAAAUUUAUGGCCAGCUUUCACUCAUGGAAUGUGAAUCAUCUGCUGAGACUCUCUCAGCUAUUUCCUAAAGAUGAGAUGAAUGCUGUGGUGGAUGUAUAUUAUGCUCUUCCUCGUAUCAUGGGGCUCCUCCAGGGAAUUGCUGGUAAAACCAUCACAGAGAGCCUCAAGGAUGUCUAUAACUUCACACUGCUUCAUGGCAUAAGCACUGCCAAUAUUGCCAAGGAAGACUUUGCCACUGUAUUCAAAACUCUUCUGGAUAUCAUUGAGUUAAUAUCAGACCAACCAGCCAUUGUAUCUGAGGCUCUAACUUGUUUUCCUGUUGUUUGGUGCUGGAAUGGUACAACUGGUUUUCAGCAGAAUUCAAGGUUAGAAACCUGUAAUAUCCAUGGGUUUAUGUCUUCUUUUUAUCAAAAAUUUACCAGCAUCCUUGAGCAUCUCCAUCUGUCUCCUCUUGGUGAAGAUUCACAGUGUUCAAAUGAAAGCUCAAGAAUAGAAAUGACUAGGAAAGUAGUCUGUGUGAUACAUGAAUUAGUGGACUGGAAUUCUAAUCUACUUAAUCUGUCUGAAGUCUUCCAUAUUCAAACACCACUUGUGAAAAGUAUACAAGAAUUUUGGUACAAGGUCUUACCCUUUGUUUCAUAUUUUGGAAAUCAAAGUAAUGGCAGCAUCCAUGAAGCUUGUCCUGGUGGCCCCAUAAAACAGGUUGCCUUGAAAAUAAUAGAAAAACUAAAACAUUUGAAUUUUACAAAAGGUACAUCAAGUAAAAAUAUUCUUAAUAAGCUAGCUAAUUUAAACAAGAUUAUUAAUAUUACUACAGGUAUAAAGAUAUCUGCCCAUGGUAAUAAUUCCUUAAAUUUGGACAGGAUAAUCAAAUCAAUUUCUGGAGAUCAGUCUCCAUUCUUGUUUCUUCUGAAUGCAAAUCUUACACACAGUAGUUUAGAAGCUGUAUCAGAUUUCAUUAAAAAAACAGAAUCAAUUAACAACUUUGAAGAAUUGUGGGUUGACUUCAAACAAAUCAUUAAAGACUUAAUCUAUAACUUUAGUAUCAAUCACCUGUUCUCUGAAUUCAACAAGGAAAUCCAAGACAUAAAUUCUGUGGACUUUCCAAAUAUAACUUUGCAACUUACCCAGUUUUUGGAAAUCCUAGAUUUAUCAUCAUCAAAGUCAUUAGAAAUUAUUGAAGAUUUCCUACAGGUAACAAAAAACUUGCUUUUUGUGUAUGCAGAUGAAAAUUAUUCCCAACUGAUACAAACAUUACUUGUUGCUAUGGACAAUGAGAUUUCAACUGAUGUUAUAACUGUGUUAACUAAAGUUAUCACUAGCAACUGGGGGUCUCUGAAAGGCAUUUCUAGAGAAAACAAUUUUGACAUUGCCUUUAUUACACACCUAAAUGAGGAGCAACUAAGUAAUUUCUCUGUUGUACAAUUACUUCUUGUCAACCUUCUAAUUAAUGCAUUCAAUGACGUAGCAUCAAGUUCUCAAGCAACAGCUCCAAAUUUAGGUGAUAGUGACCUCCAAAUGUUGAAUUUUAUUAACCUUACCCUGAGUCGUUUACAGUCAGAAAAUGGUGGGGAAACAGUUUUCUCUCUGAGAAGCAUAAUGGAUUUCAUGGAAGAGCUUUUGAGAACAUUCUCCCUAAAAGAAAAUUCUGAGAACAAAAUAUCUUUCCUGCUGAAAGACUUCCACAAAGAUGUUAUUGCAGAAAUGAGCUUUAUCUCAAAAGAUAAAAUUCGAGAAGUGCUGAAACUGGAUCAAUUUCUUACACUGAUGAGUGGAUACAGAUUGAUGAGUUUUUUCUCAUGGCUAAAGGGGACUAUAUAUCAUCUAAUCAGAAGCUCAUUUAUGUUAGACAGUGGAGAAUUUUCUUUUGAUAGUCAACGAGGACUGACAUUUGUACGAGAUUUAUUUCAUGCCCUUCGAAGGGAAACUUCACUGCAAAAUGAGACUGAAGAUAAUCCACACUUUCUUGUGGUGGUGAGUGAGCUGCUUUCCCAUGUGAAUAACUCUGAGCAACUCACCAGUCUCAACCAAAAUCUUACUUCGGUCCUUCACCUUGUGAGAGAAAGUUCUACAAAGAUAGAAAAUCUUAUGGACAUACUUUCAAAGUCUCUUAAUCAAGACUUCCAUACCUCCUGUCUUGCACUCCAAGAACUUGUGCUUGCUGACCUAACCAACUUGCUUCCCUUUAUAAAUAACUCAUUUCCUCUAAGAAAUAGAGACACAUUAGAAAUCACUAAGAGGUUACUUGAUGUUAUCGCUAGAGCUGAUGGAGAAAGCCAUGGCCUGCAGCCCUUCUUAGAAAUGUCUAGAAUCCUCACCAUGCUGUUUAAUGGCAGUGCUGAGCUGAGAGAUAUCGCCACACAUUUGGACUAUGCUGUGAAACUUCUGAAGCUAGUGAAGAAAGUUUCAGGGAAGAUGGCCACUCUCGUGGAAACCCAUUUCAUCUCUAACACCAAGGACGCCGUGGACUUUUUAAAUAUUUUUUAUUCUGUCAUGCAGCAAAGUGUCCAGCAUCUUGUGAAAGAAAGAAUUCCUUUGAGAAAAGUGGACCAUGUGACAUUUGAAAAGAUAAAUGAUUUGCUGAUGCCAUUUCUUGACUUGUCCUUUGGGAUGUUGGGGGUCAAGCCCAAUAUUCCACAAGACUCUGAUAUUUUCAAUAUGUCAUCUAGUGUAUUCUCAAAUAUGAGUCAAUCCAAUGACUUUUCUAAUAUUUUGGAAGAAAUUGCUGAGUUUUUAACUUCAGUGGAAAUCAAUUUGGAAUUUUUGGAGCGUCUUUUGGUAGUGGCAUUUAAUAAUGGAACUCAAAUAGUUUCUAUGGGUUCUGUCAACUUGAUGGAAGAAAUUUUGACUUGCUUAGUUCCUAUAAAUAACAUCACCCACAAAAUGGACUUCUUGCAGCUUAAUCCAAUUUCUUCUCACCAUGGGCCUCAAGAUACAAUAUGGGAAAGAAUUCGUGAAAUAAGCCAUUUGGAGGAUACUAUGUUAACAGAAAAUAACACAAAAGUAGGGAAUUCCUUUAAAAUGAUAUUUGAUCUCACACUAGAAGCCCUUUGGAGUAGCUUAAAGAGGGACAAUUGGGAUGCUUUUAAUCUGUUGUGGACAUUGGUUCAUCAUUCGAAUAACCUUUUCAGAAUGAUAGAAACAGUUGUAGAGGCCUCCAGUGGAAUUACAAGUGAAGGUGGAGAUGAUUUAAGCAAAGGUUUCAUUCAUCAUCAACUUGAAAUAGCAAUCCAGAAUUUGCUAGAUCAGCUAGUUCUCUUAAGAAAAAGUCUCCUCCCAGACAACUCCCAGUGGCUGAAUUCCAUAAACACUUCAUUCCAUCAAUUUUUUGAAGUCUAUCUUAAUGCAACUACUGGAAAGAAUCUCAUGCCACCAAAAGAAAAGAUGAUGGAUUUUCCACAUAACUUGAAAUCAUUGUCAUCUUUCAGCACAUACAUGAAGAAAUUACUUGUAUUAAUUGCCUAUUGGAAAAAGGUUCUACUGACAGAUCAAAGUGUUGUUGACAUGUGCCAAGCUUUCCAGCAGCUGGAGACAUCCUCAGAAGCCAUGGAGAUGCUGCAGAAAGCCAAGAUGAUGGUGUUGCAUGUGCUCAUCAUCUUUGCAGAAAACCCUUCCUUGACCAAGGACAUUUUGUGUGCCACUCUGAGUUGCAAGCCACGUGAGACAAAGCAUCUUGUUUUAGCUGCCAUCCAAGGAGUAACUGCUGUGUACACCCACUACCAGGAAAUCAAAAAGAUAUGGCCAGCAUCCAGUCAACUAAAUUGUGAAAGUCUCAUCAGGAAUCUUUCUAGGACCUUGGAACCCUUCACAAGCAACUUGGAUCAUGUCACCAACCAAGAUUGUGCAUGCCAGCCCCCAUUGGAAACUGUUGAGCAACACGUGCAUUGGUUGGCCAAAAGAUUCAAGGAGAGUUGGCUGUCGGGCAAUCCCAUUAUGUCUUUUCUUAGCAAUUUCACUGUCACUGAGGAUGUGAAAAUAAAAGAUUUGAUGAGGAACAUCACCAGGUUAACCGAAGAGCUUCAAUCUUCCAUCCACAUCUCCAAUGAAACCAUCCACACUAUCUUAGAAGCAAACAUUUCCCACUCACAGAUUCUCACCAGUGCCCUCACUGUAGCUUUGUCUGGAAAGUGUGACCAAGAAAUUCUUCAUCUCCUGCUGACAUUUCCUGAGGAUGAAAAGUCCUGGCUGGCUGUGAAGGAGCUCUGUGGCUUGCCUGGGUCAGAAGUAUACACUCUGAUUGUGGCCAUGAGUCAGAACCUGAACCUGCGGACUUUUGUUUACAAAGCUCUGAUACCUCCUGAAGCCAAUGGCCUGCUCAAGUCCCUGUUGGAUGUCAUCUCCAGCCUCAGCUCCCUGCUUGCUCGAGCCCAGCAUGUCUUCCAGUACCUUCCAGAAUUUCUCCACGCAUCGAAAAUCACUGCCUUGAUAGAUAUGCCAGACUUGCCCCAGAUUGCACAGAAUGGUCCAGCUAGAAGUUCAGCCUUUGGUUCUUUCCAGACCAUGAUGAAGCUGGUUUGUAAGGAUCAAACAUCUUUUCUGAGCAAUUCAAACAUGUUCAUUAAUUUACCCAGAGUCAAUGAACUCUUGGAAGAUGACAAAGAAAAGUUCAACAUUCCGGAAUACUCAACACCAUUUUGCCUCAAGCUUUAUCAGGAAAUUCUACAGUCUCCAAAUGGUGCUUUGGUGUGGUCCUUCCUAAAACCUAUACUACAUGGAAAAAUACUCUAUACACCAGACAUUCCGGAGAUUAAUAAGAUCAUCCAAAAGGCGAAUUAUACUUUUUAUUUUGUGGACAAGCUAAAAUCCUUAUCAGAAAUACUGCUGAAGAUGUCCCAUUUUUUCCAGGGGAGUGGACAUGGACAGAUGUUCAACCAGCUGCAAGAUGCCCUGAGAAACAAAUUUAUAAGACACUUUAUAGAAAGCCAGUUGCACAUUGAUGUGGACAAACUUACGGAAACUCUGCAGACUUAUGAUGGAAUGGUGGAUAAGAUGUUUAACCACACAGGGACUGGACACUUCCAGUUCUUGGGCAGUAUCUUGGUCAAUCUCUCAUCGUGCGUGGUGUUGGACCGCUUCCAGGCUGUGAAGUCUGUCGAUGUUCUGGAGACCAAAGCACAUGAACUCAUGCAGCAGAACAACUUCCUGGCCAGUGUUAUCUUCAACAGUUCCUUAGUCCACAGGCAUGUCAGAUCAGCAUCUCUCAAAUUGCCACCCCAUGUCACAUAUACAAUUCGGACCAGCAUUUUAUACAGCAUGAGAACCGAUUUGAUAAAAAACCCGUCUUGGAAGUUUCAUCCUCAGAGUCUACCAGCAGAUGGAUUUAAAUAUAACUACAUCUUUGUCCCACUGCAAGAUAUGAUUGAAAGGGCUAUCAUUAUGGUACAGACUGGGCAGGACGCCCUAGAGCCGACUACGCAGACACAGGCAGCCCCCUACCCUUGCCACACCAGUGACCUAUUCCUGAACAAUGUUGGUUUCUUUUUUCCACUGAUAAUGAUGCUGACAUGGAUGGUGUCUGUGGCCAGCAUGGUCCAGAAGCUGGUUUAUGAGCGAGAGAUUCAGAUAGAAGAGUACAUGCGGAUGAUGGGAGUGCAUCCGACCAUCCACUUCCUGGCUUGGUUCCUGGAGAACAUGGCUGUGCUGACCCUGAGCAGCAUUGCUCUGGCCAUCAUUCUGAAAACAAGUGGCAUCUUCAUGCACAGCGAUGCCUUCAUCAUUAUCCUUUUCUUCCUGGAUUUUGGAGUGUCAGUCAUCAUGCUGAGUUACUUCUUGAGUGCAUUUUUCAGCCAAGCGAAUACCGCAGCCUUGUGUACCAGCCUGGUGUAUAUGUUGAGUUUUCUACCCUACAUUAUCCUGUUGGUCCUUCAUAACCAAUUAAGUGUUGCCAUUCAGACACUUCUGUGCCUCCUCCCAACAACAGCUUUUGGGCAAGGAGUAUUUUUCAUUACAUUCCUGGAAGGACAAGAGACAGGGAUCCAAUGGAAUAAUAUAUACCAGGCUCCAGAAGCAGGGGGCAUGACCUUUGGCUGGGUUUGCUGGAUGAUUCUGAUUGAUUCAAUCAUUUAUUUUUUAUGUGGAUGGUACCUCAGCAAUUUGAUUCCUGGAACUUUUGGUUUACGGAAACACUGGUAUUUCCCCUUUACUGCGUCCUAUUGGAAGAAUGUGUGUGUCUUGGUGGAGAAACGGCAGCAUUCACUAAGUUCUAAUUUGUUUUUCUUCAAUGAAAACUUUGGCAAUAAAGGGUCGACACACCAAAAUAAGGCCGGAGAACUUAAAGGAGGUCUCCCUGGAGUUACCCUGGUUUCUGUGAACAAGGAAUAUGAAGGGCACAGGUUGGCUGUUCAAGACCUCACCCUCACCUUCCACAGAGGACAGAUCACUGCCCUGUUGGGGACCAAUGGUGCUGGGAAAACUACUGUCAUAUCUAUGUUGACGGGCCUCUACCCUCCCACUUCUGGAACCAUCAUGGUCGAUGGCAAGAACCUGCAGACAGACCUUCCCAGAAUCAGAAUGGAGCUCGGGGUGUGCCCACAGCGGGAUGUUCUUCUGGACAACCUUACUGUCCGAGAACAUCUGCUGCUCUUUGCUUCCAUAAAGGCACCUUGGUGGACCACAAAGGAACGACAACAGCAAGUCAAUAAAACCCUUGACAAAGUGGGGUUAACUAACCAUCAGCACAAACCUACCCGGGCCUUAUCUGGAGGCAUGAAGAGGAAGCUGUCUAUUGGUAUAGCCUUCAUUGGCACAUCGAGGACUGUGAUUCUGGAUGAGCCCACUAGUGGGGUGGACCCUUGCUCCCGUCGCAGCAUCUGGGACAUUCUGCUUAAGUACAGGGAAGGUCGAACCAUCAUCUUUACCACCCACCACCUGGAUGAAGCUGAGCUUCUUAGUGACUGUGUGGCCAUCCUCCAGCAAGGGAGGCUCAGGUGUUGUGGGCCUCCUCUCUGCUUGAAGGAGGCGUACAGCCAGGGGCUCAGCCUGACCCUGACAAAACAAUGCUCUGUUCUAGAGGCCCAUGAUGCCAAGGAUGUAGCUCGCAUUACAUCCUUGAUACAGGUGUAUGUUCCACAAGCAUUUCUCAAAGACAGCAGUGGGGGGGAGCUGACCUACACCAUCCCUGAGGCUGCAGACAAGACCUGCUUCAAGGGACUCUUCCAGGCUUUGGAUCAGAACUUACAGCACUUACACUUGACAGGGUAUGGGAUCUCGGACACCACCUUGGAACAGGUAUUUUUGAAGCUUUUGCAAGAUUCCAACAAGAAAUCUCACAUUGCUCUGGGGACUAUGUUAGAACCUCAGAAUCAGAGGCCUACUGGACCUUUAUUUGACUACUGUGACUCUCCUUCAUGGAAUCCACCAGAGAAGAACUUACCUGUGUGCAUGCGGGGCCACCAGCUGCUACUGGUGCAGGUGACUGCCCUCCUGAGGAGAAGGCUAUACCACACUCUGCGGGCCUGGAAAAGCACCUUCUCCAACCUGCUGCUACCUGUUCUCUUUGUGGCCUUGGCCAUGGGCUUGUUUAUGGUGCAGCCUUUGGCUACCACUUACCCUCCCCUCAAACUGACACCUGGCCAUUAUGAAAGGGCAGAAUCCUACUUUUUCAGUAGUGGAAAGGACAACAUGGACCUGACUCAUGUGCUCUUGCGGAAGUUUAAAGAUCAUGAUCAUCACUGUGGUAAUUUAGAUGCAGCUCUAAAGAAUUCUUCCCGCUGGCACAAAGAUCCCUUUUCUAGCUCUGCAUUCCAGGACUCCUGUGGCUGCCUGUUGCAGAAGUGUCCAAAUGGAAGUGCUCCUUACCUGACCAACUGCCUGGGCCACAAGCUGCUCAAUCUCUCAGGCUUCAAUGUGGAGGAGUACCUGCUGCAACCAUCUGAGAAACCCAGGCUUGGAGGUUGGUCUUUUGGAGCAGGAGUCCUCAAUAAAGUUCAAGACUCAAGAACUAUGGCAAAGGUGUGGUUUAAUCAGAAGGGUUUCCACUCCUUACCUUCCUACUUAAAUCAUCUAAACAACCUUAUUUUGUGGCGACAUUUACCUUCUACUGUGGACUGGAGACAAUACGGAAUAACACUCUAUAGCCACCCAUACGGAGGGGCCUUGCUGAAUGAAGACAAGAUCCUGGAGAGCAUCCGUCAGUGUGGUGUUGCCCUCUGCAUUGUGCUGGGAUUCUCUGUCUUGUCUGCAUGGUUUGGCAGUUCUGUGGUGAGGGACAGGGUGACCGGAGCCAAAAAGUUGCAGCACUUAAGUGGCCUUGGCUACAGGACAUACUGGUUCACAUAUUUCUUCCAUGACAUGCUCUUUUACUUGGUUUCUGUCUCCCUGUGUGUCGCCAUUAUCGCUGCCUUCCAGUUAACAGCUUUUACUUUCCGUGAGAACUUGGCGGCCACAGCCCUCCUGCUGGCACUUUUCGGAUAUGCAAUGCUUCCAUGGAUGUAUCUGAUGUCCAGAAUCUUUUCAAGUCCAGAUGUGGCUUUUAUCUCCUACAUCUCCUUGAAUUUCAUCUUUGGCCUAUGUACCAUGCUGAUGACCACCAUGCCCAAGCUCCUGGCCAUCAUCUCCAAAGCUCAGAACUUGCAGAACAUCUACAAUGUGCUCAAGUGGGUAUUUACUAUUUUCCCUCAAUUCUGCCUGGGACAAGGACUGCUAGAACUCUGCUACAAUCAGAUCAAAUAUGACCUGACCCACAACUUUGGCAUUGAUUCCUAUGCGAGUCCCUUUGAGAUGAACUUCCUGGGCUGGAUCUAUGUGGUACUGGCCUUGCAGGGAACAUUUCUCCUCCUCCUAAGGAUCCUGCUGCACUGGGACCUGUUGUGGCAGCCAAGGGGUCACACUGUCCUUGAACAUACUGUGAAGUUUUCAAAGGAUAGAGAUGUGGAAAAAGAGCAAAUGAGAGUAUUCGAAGGAAGGACCAGUGGAGACAUCCUUGUAUUAUGCAACCUUAGUAAGAGUUACAGAAGCUUUUGCAAGAAGGUGACUGCUGUGGAAGAUGUUACAGUGGGAAUACCCAAAGGAGAGUGUUUUGGGCUCCUCGGGGUGAAUGGAGCUGGAAAGAGCACUAUGUUUAAAAUGUUGAAUGGUGAAAUUCCUCCGAGCUCAGGACAUGCUGUCAUCCGGACGCCCCUGGGAGAUGACAUAGAUCUGUCUUCUGCUGGAGAGGCGGGGAUCCUUAUUGGCUACUGUCCACAGCAGGAUGCUCUGGAUGACCUCCUGACUGGGUGGGAACAUCUCCAUUAUUACUGCAGUUUACGUGGGAUUCCAAAGCAAUGCAUCAAAGAGGUGGCUGGAGACCUUGUGAGGCGCUUGCACCUUGAAGCUCAUGCAGACAAACUCGUGGUGACCUAUAGUGGAGGAACCAAGCGGAAGCUGUCCACAGCCCUGGCAAUGGUGGGGAAACCUGACAUUCUUUUAUUGGAUGAGCCUAGCUCUGGGAUGGAUGCCUGCUCUAAGCGCUACUUGUGGCAAACCAUUAUGAAGGAGGUUCGAGAAGGCUGUGCUGCUGUUCUGACUUCUCACAGCAUGGAAGAGUGUGAAGCCCUUUGCACCAGGCUGGCCAUAAUGGUUGAUGGCAGCUUUAAGUGUCUUGGCUCCCCUCAGCACAUUAAAAACAGGUUUGGUGAUGGUUACGUAGUCAAAAUUUGGCUCUCAAAGGAAGCCGAUCAACCCAGCACUAUUUCUGACUGUUUAAAGCUCCAUUUUCCAGAAAUUCAGUUUAAGGGACAGUGCCUUAAUUUAUUGGAAUAUCAUGUGCCCAAAACAUGGGAAUGCUUAGCUGACUUAUUCAAAGUUCUAGAGAACAAUAGGACUCUCCUGAACAUCAAGCAUUAUUCCAUUAAUCAAACUACGCUCGAACAGGUGUUUAUUCACUUUGCUGGUGAGCAGCAGCCAACUGUGCAAUCCACUCCUGAUCUGUCCUCUGACAGCCAACACUUGUCUCACUUGCCUGUGUAAAGCAUUAGAGGAGCCCACCUUGUCUUCUACUGAAAUUGAUAUACAAGAAUCAAACAUUAUCUCCAGUGCUUAGGAGCUGGAAGGCAGGAAAAUUAUAUUUUCUCCUUCAUUGUCUGUUUUGAAAUUCUUUAAUAAACAGUCAUCUAAAAGGUCAUUCUAUUGGCUUCUUUCAAUAGAUUCACUAUUUGCCAAUCCAGGUAGAUGAGUUUCUUUGGGAGGAAAGCAUGAAGAAACUGAGUCCCAUAGAGAAGUUCUGUAAUGGAGUGGGCCAUCCACAGUUUUUCAUGUCAAGCAUUUAAGAUACAGAGCCCACUAACAUUUUUUUUGGUAGGAUAUAUGGUAUCAAGGACUAUUUCUAUUUCUGUCAUCUUUUUUUUUUUUUUACUAGAUAUGCUUUUUUCUAAACUAAACUUCAAAUUGAUUUAAAUGAAAACUUUUGUAAAAAUGCAUGACAAAUGGA